CUAUACACCGCAUGCUCCAUCCUUGUUUUCCCUCAACUCUUGCAAAGUAACUAAAAGAUGCAAAAACCCCUAACUCAAUGUUUUUUCUUUUUCAUUUGAUAAAAUGGAAUAAUUAUGCCAUAAAACUCAGAAAGAAAUGUUGAACUCUCUUAGGACAGAUUUUUUGUACAAGCUGGAUAAAUUAACAUACGAUUGAAAUAGAAUAAAUUUAAAAAAACGGGGACAUUUUAUUUUGUUAGAGUGCCGUCUUGCGAGCUUGUUAUCGCUGUCUUUUUUCUUGACCGUCGAACGUCGUUGUUUGUGAGUCAGCUUUCGGAAGAUUUUUCGUUUCGGAAAGCCGAGUCCUGAGAACAACGGCAAAUCUGUCGUACGUCGAACGUUCAAACAGAAAAUCUUUUCAAGUGGUUUCAAGUCAAUUGGGUGCAGUUUGCAGCUAUUUUUGUUUUCAAGAGUAUAUUUUGAUUAUCGUAUGUCCAUCCAGAAUCUAAACACAUUCGACCCCUUUGCUGAUGCAAGUAAGGGUGCUGAUGACGAUGUGCAAGACGGACUCGUUCAUAUAAGAAUACAGCAAAGAAAUGGUCGCAAAACUCUAACUACAGUACAGGGACUUUCGUCUGACUAUGACCUGAAGAAGAUUGUACGAGCAUGUAAAAAGGAAUUUGCAUGUAACGGGACAGUCAUUGACCACCCAGAGUACGGAGAGGUACUUCAGCUGCAGGGUGAUCAGAGAGAGAAUAUAUGCCAGUGGCUGACAAAAGCUGGACUAGCAAAACCAGACCAGCUGAAAGUCCAUGGUUUCUAAAACACCUUCAAUGUGUUGAAAAAAUUCAAUAACAUAAAAUACACAUAAUAAACACAAUAUGUAAUGUCUCAGUUUUAUUUGGUACCACGCGGAAUUUUCAACAGUCAUGUGCCCAUUCAGAAUUGCCGAACGAUGAAAAUUGGCGAUUUUGUACAAUAAUUUUAUAAUUGUGCCUUUCACGAAUAUAUUAGUUUCAGCAUUUUCAAUUUUUCCUCAAUGUUGUCUGUGUUUAGUUGUGUUAUGAGAAUUAAGAAUCGGUAAUAAAUGUGUGGACUAGAA